AUGCGCUAUGAGAGCGGCGCAGACGGAGGAUCUGAACGAGCGGAGUAUGCAGCACGGAUGAUUGAACUUACCGAGACUGGUAUGCGACAGGCAUAUGACUUUGAGCGUCUCGGUGAGCGUGUUCCUGGUGCCCCACCACGGGCAGCUGCCCCACCUCGAGCAGCAACUCCGGCACCAUCUGCAUCUCCUGCUCCGGGGGCCGCUCAGGAGCCUUCUCACCAGGUUCAUUCUUUUGCGCCUGUAGACCCAUCUCUGGCUCCAGCUACAGCUCCGGGGCCCACUCAGAAGACCGUUGAGGAGCCAGCUCAGAAGCCCUCUCACCAGGCAUCUCAGGAGGCCGUUGACACACAGGUUUGA